GACAAACUUUCUGUCUCUGGAUAAGGAUCAAGAAAAGCUCCCAGAGGGUUUCCACGAAGAUCUGCAGGAGAUGAUGCAGAAACUCGACUACCUUCUACCACCAGCGGAUCUGUUGCCCAACUUUGCUCUGGAGUCUCAAGGUGCCAGACUUGUGCACACGAUGACCUCAGGAGCAUUUAAGAGCAACAGACCAUGUAGAUUCUUUGGGAUGCCUUUACAAGAAGAACCUAUAGGCCCAAACAUUGUCAUUCAGGGAAGAACUCAUCUGAAUCCUGGACAAUGCUGGGCCUUUGCAGGAUUCCCAGGACGUUUAUCCGUCCAACUGUCCCACAAAGCCACUGUCUCUCAUGUGUCGCUGGGUCAUAUUCCUAAAAUGAUAUCCCCAUCUUCCACAGUCUCCAGUGCUCCGAGGGAAUUCUCUGUCUAUGGAAAGAAGGACAUAAACGAUGAGGAGAGUUUCUUGGGAGCUUUCCAAUAUGAAGAAGAUGGCAGCAGGAUACAAACCUUCAAAAUUCCUGAUUAUAAAACUGACUCCUUCACCCAUGUGAGCCUACAGCCAGUCAGCCUCGGCAGAUGGCUGUUCAUCCUGAGCCUGGUUCUGCUGGAGGUUUCUUCCUUUUAAAGGGAGUUAUCCUCUCCACUGUUGCCUUGUGCUUGCUCAGGAUGGGGGAUCCCUUGGAUUAAACAUCCAUCGCGAUCGGCUGGUGACCCCUCCGCAGAAUCGCCACCUUAACGUGGUGGAGGGGUUUGAGUAUCCCUAUGAACCAGAUGGAGAUUUUGUCUUGAGGUUCAGCCUUUAGUGAGGUUUCUCGGGACAGGAUGCCAUUGGGGAGGGAUCAGACUAAGAGCGAUUCAAGAUUUUCAGUGAAGGACUACCAAAGGGAUCAGGCAGUUAGGAAAUGGACAGGAUAGAAUAUUUCUUCCUGUGAUUUCUUUGAGAUUUUUCUUGCACUUCCUUCCUUACUUAGAUAUUUUCUCUGUAUGGAUGACCAUAUGUGUGUGUUUGAUCUUGGCAGUUUAAAUAAACUCAUGGUAAGUCUGUCUAACUUACAGUGCAAUCUUGAUAAAACCUAUCAAAAUUGCAGGUUAUCUAUCAAGAUCCUGAUAGAUUCGCAGUGCAGAUAAAACCUGCACUGCACUGAAGGUUUGGUCUACAGUUCUCAAGUUAAUGCACUGCUCUGCUAUGCAUUGCUAUGGCAGGCCCCAGCUAGAACAUUUCUGUAGAAAUUUAAAUAGGGCGUGCCAAAGUGUGCCCCUUGGUUGGAACUCAGAAGAAAAUAGCUAAAAUAAUUAUUUUAUGGAAAAGGCUAAUGUUAGUGCACCCCCUCUUCUCCCACCAAACAUGAAUCCUGAAUAAUUGCUGCCCCGGUUUAUUUGAUUUGGUGUGUAAAACCUUGACAAUAAUGCUCCAGAGUCUUGUCUGCUCGACUUAUCAGUAAUUGUCAUGCUGCCACCAUGACGCUAGUGGGCGCUGUUUCUGACUGUAAACUUUUAAAUUCAAACAAGAUGGCAGCGCCCUGUGAGCCCGUGCAGGACUGAAGACACGAAUCCAACAUUAAAAAAA